AUGGUCCGGAACAGAUUCGGUGCGAAUGCGGUCACGUUCCACCCGAUCCUCAACGCUCUCACGAAGAAGAAGAAGAUGGAGGAGGCAUGGCGAGUGGUGGAUCUGAUGAGAGAGAUCCAGAUCCCGAUAGAUCUUACGGGCUACAAUUACCUGCUCACGGCGUACUGCCACGCCGGAGAUCUGACGUCAGCUGCCGAAUUGCUGACGAAAAUGGAGGAGGAGGAGGGGCUGAGGGCGGAUACGAGGACCUACGACGCUCUCGUCCUGGGAGCGUGCAGGACUGGGAAGGUGGAGGGUGCUCUGGCAAUGCUGAGGAGGAUGGAGGAAGAUGGCGCGCCGCUGCUGUACGCUAGCCACGCUCAUGUUAUAGGGGCGAUGCUGAGUGUGGGCUACUAUGAGCAGGCGGUGGAGUUUGUGAUGAGCUAUGGAGGGAGGGAUGAGGGAUUGGACGAGCAGAGCUUCGGGCUUCUGGCGAGCCGUCUGAUUAAUUUGAAGAGGUUCGAUGAAGCAAGGUUUGUGGUUCAGGAGAUGAAGAGGAGGGGAAUAAAAAUGGGUGAUAAAUUGAAAGAAUUUUACUAUUCGCACGUCACAGUGUAA